CACGUACGCAACGGAGCCAAGUGGGUCGCAGUGGCCGCGGGUUCACCGCUCGGUGUCGAUGGGCCAGGCGGGUGAUCGCGAUCUUGUCAACGCUGCGCAGCCAACGCUCGAACCGAUCUCACUUCUGGAAGAGCAAGAUACAUUGAGUGGCGCAGGGUCGUCACUUCUAGCGCAGCCUAGUGCAGCGCUGCAGCGGCUAGUGAACUGCGGCGACAUGGCUGCCGGGUGUUCAGUGUCUGCAUUCGAGCCGCCUCGUCUAGAUCUCGAGGCUUUAAUCAACAAUCCAGUGUUCUCUUUCGUACUGUCGAAGAGAGAAUUACAGGCUUACAGACAAAAGAUGGACGCAACUAUACGCAUAAACGCUGUUCGUCAAUACGCUUUCGAGGCGUUAAAUUGGCUGCUUCGAUCAGCCACGCAGAUAACGUGCGUACAUGAUGUUAUGUGGUGGUUUUGCGCUGCGCUUGAUAAGUACUCGCGCAUCGCGCCUCCUCAGAUGCUUCUCGAUGAAGCUAAAGAGCCUGUCGGUAACGAAAAUGCUCGUAUAUCGACCCCGACGGCGUCCUCGUCAGCGAUCUGUCCGGGUGGUACAUCGGCCCGAGGCGCGCGCGCAGCUUUCCACGCGUUCCUGGGGUCGGUGAGCGCGUUAGCACCGUCUCUGCUCGCAGCCAGCGCCGCCGGCCUGCAGGCGGUGCGCUGUUGGGCGCUGCACUACUCGCCGCAUGACCGAGCGUUUUUGCACCGGAGAGCUAUGUAUGGAGUUGCCAAGACGUGACUGGUUGGUGCGACAUCUCGGUGUCAUCGCGACAAGGCAUGGCCGGUUCACUUACAGACGGCAGCACAGAGACUUUCUGGGAGUCAGGAGACGAAGACAGGAACAAGGCCAAAUGGAUACAAGUGUCGUACCCGGGCGGGACUAACAACGAUCGCCCUCAUAUCAUAUGCGUGCACAUUGAUAAUACAAGAGACACAGUCAACAAGACUCUGCUGGUUUCGUUCUUGUAUAGCAGUGGUUCGAGCGACAUGAUCCACAUGUAGGGAUAUCGAAGUAGAUCCCAAGACGGCCGCUUGGAUCUACUAUACUUUGCCAAGGGUAGCGAGUGCAUCGCUUCGCGUCCGGUGCGAGCUGCGUGGCCCUGAAGCAGCGGUGCGUGUGCGCCAGGUGCGAGUGCUGAGUGCGCCGGCGCCGCUCGCCAGCGCCGCCUGCACUAACGCAGGCGUGCUGCAUGACCUUUCCGAGGCUGACACCUUAAGAGUUUUCCGGCUGCUAACGUCACAGGUGUUCGGCAAACUGUUGGAUUGGGACCGCAGCGGCAGUGACUCGGGAGCGG